AUGUCUCUGUUCUCUUACCCUCUCUGUCUCCGCUUCUUCACUCUCAUCUCUACAACCCCUCCUCCAUCCUCCGCCCAACGACACCCCAACAUCUCCGCGUUUUCCUCCUUAGCCUCACCGUGGAGUCCUGGCCUGGACCAAAUCCUCCUCUCUCCAAACACCACGUUUGCCGCUUGGUUUCAACCUCUCCCCACCUCUCCAAACCUCUAUAACUUCUCAGUUUGGUACCAUGACAUCUCUGAAACCACCAUAGUCUGGUCCGCCAACGACAACUUACCGGUCAACCGCUCUUCCACUCUCUCCAUCACACGCUCCGGCGUGCUCCAAUUAAGCUAUCCUUCCGACCGAAACUUAUGGCCUUCAAAACCCACCGGGAAAAACACCACCAAACUCACCCUUCGUGAUGAUGCAGAUUUUGGUGCUACCCGAUUGAGAAGAUUGACUCUUGAUGAAGAUGGAAAUCUCAUACUAUAUAGUUUUGAUCCAAAUUUGGGUCAAUGGACUGUUGUUUGGCAAGCAAUGAAUCAACUGUGUAGAAUACGUGGUACGUGUGGUCCUAACUAUAUAUGCCUGUACGAUGGUUUGAACUCUACUUCUUGCUUAUGCCCGCCGGGGUUCCAGCCCGUUUCUGGUGACGGCAAAGAAGCUUGCGAAAGGAAAAAUCCGUAUGAUGGUAGGCUGUAUUGUGAGCUGCUAUUGGAGAGGCUACUAUUUGGGUACUGGUCUCCUGGUACGGAAAUGGCCACGUUUCUUCGGGUGGAUAGAUCCGAUACCAACGAAUCCAUCUUUACCGGGUGGACAGAUGUGCUCGAGACAACAUGUCCGGUUCGGGUCAGCCUUCCCCACCCGCCAGAGGAGCCCAACACCACAACCCGGAAUAUUGUGCUAAUAUGUACUCUUUUUGCAGCGGAGCUUAUUAGUGGAGUUAUUUCCUUUAGGGCAUUUGUCAAGAAGUACAUAAAGAAUAGGGACAUGGCUCAAACCCUUGGGCUUGAACUUUUGAGAGCGGGUGGGCCAAAACAGUUCGGGUAUGCGAAGCUUAAAGUUGCUACCAAUGAUUUCUCCAAAUAUAACAUUAUUGGAAAAGGUGGGUUUGGGGAUGUUUAUAAACGAGAAUUGAGUGAUCACCGGGUAGUAGCAGUUAAGUGCUUGAAAAAUGUUGCUGGUGGUGAUGCUGAAUUUUGGGCUGAGGUCACAAUUAUUGCCCAAAAGCACCACCUGAAUUUGGUAAGGCUAUGGGGUUUUUGUGCUGAAAAGGCUCAAAGGAUACUAGUUUAUGAGUUUGUGCCUAAUGGUUCACUAGACAAGUGCCUGUUUCAAAGUGUUGGAUCUUCAGAAACCCAACAACAAAUGGCUCCAAAUUUGGAGCGUAAACCGAUACUUGAUUGGAACAUCUAA